UUUCAUUUCCAAAGAAUGUCCGACUUUGAAAGUUCCAGUUCAUAUUUUGGUUUGGAGGAUCCGCAGUGGCUAUGCAUGGUCACACUUUUCAUUACGUCCCUGGUCACUCUUAUACUGUAUUUCGUACAGUAUUUCCAACAAAGGGGUGUAGGAAAUAAGCAGAGAGCAGCAGAGGACAAUGAGGCGAAGGAGGAAGCCGCCUCUCUGCUGGGAUGGGCGCUGUCACUGAAGAGCUGGAAAAGUCAGUGGAGAGGAGCUUGGUGCAGCGCUUUGAAUGACGAAUCAAGGAAGCGUGGGGGUCCUGUUCUGUUGACAUUUGAAGAGGCGGAUCUUGAGGCAUCAGAGCUCAUGGUCAGCCAAGUGUCCAGCUUUCAGAAGUCUGCCAGAAACAAGGCCGCUUGCUGCAGUGUGGUUGGGGAGAAGCUUCAGUUCUCUGUCACUGCAGCAUCAACAGCCAUGGCUGCAGCAGAUCCCUGUAAAUACACAGUCUGUAUAGCUCCACUGGAGCUGCAGCUUGAUCUAAAGAUGCAAGAAGCUGAGGAUGAGGUCAUGGUGAGCUGGGGAGUGUCUCAACUGGAGACAGGGGAGCUGCAGGUGACACCCACUUUCCCCCAGGACAAUGCCAGCACUCCCAGUGUAGCAGUCAUAAAGGAGCAGUUGAGGCAGCUGUUAUGUGUGACGCGUCCCUCUGUGUUGCUGAGCUGCAGGCCUGCUCAGGCCUCAGAGGUCAAGGAGGCCCGCAACAACGUGGUGUCACCCCCAAAACCCCCCCGUGCCCACGACUGGAAGCUGCUGGUGAAGAACAUCCGGGUGACACUGAAUCAGAAGGAAGAUGCUGCAGGCAGCAUGAAUCCUCUGUGUGUACUGCAGUUAGAUGAUCCUCCACAGAGGUUUAACACCUCUGUUUUGAAGAACACAACCAAUCCUGCCUGGGACCAGCCGUUCAUCUUUGAAUUGAAUGGACUUUCAAAAGAGCUCAAUAUGCAGUUGAUGAAUGAUGGACAACCUGAGAAUUCCUUACUUGGUCAAGUGUCCGUGCCUUUUGAUCUUGUAAAGAAGCAGCCCAAAGGACAGCAAACAUUUGAACUCAUGGCCAAAGACAUAGUGACUGGAUCACUUACUACUGACUUUACCUACCUGGAGCCCAGUGAGGUGAGGUCCUGGCACCCUCCCACCCCAGCCUCCAAUAAGAGGGUGGAGAUGGACCGCACAGUCAUGCCCUGUGGCACAGUGGUCACCACCAUCACCGCAGUGAAGAGUAAGCCGGGUCGACCACCCCCUCUUGGAUUCAACAUAGAUCCUGCCCAGAAAGCGGUGGCCAACAAGCCCAAGCUGUCAGAGCGUCGUGUUUCAGAGCAGGCGUCUAUGCUAGGGGCCACAGUCAGCAAGGCCUUGUCCUCUUCUGAUACUGAGCUGCUGAUGCUCAAUGGCACUGACCCGGUGGCCGAGGCCGCCAUCAGACAACUCCACCAGUCUGCCAAGCAGAAGCUCAAGUCCCCAGUGAAGAAGAGUACCAUCAUCAUCUCUGGCAUUGCCAAAACGCCCUUGUCUCAGGAUGAUGAGCUAGCUCUGAUGGCGGGCUACGCUGCAGCGAUGGACGCCUCGAUGUCAGAGUGCAGCUCUACUCAGGAUAUGACCACAGCGAUUGCGUCGGGGACCAGUAGCCCUCCAGAGGAGUCUGAGCCCCAGGAAGGCCCCAGUGGAAUAGGCCGGCCUCCAGAGGACUGGGAGAGCCAAACCGGAGAGGAACUCGACCAUACCUCGCUAUCCAUGUGUGUGUCUGAGGCGAGCUGCAAGAAGAGCAGAGAGGAAAGCAGUGCUAAGCACACAUUAUAUCCAGAUGAGCAGCUUCCUUCAGAAGAGUGCCAAGCUCUUCUUCCGGCGGCGUCACCAGCGCAAGGACCCGGGGAUGAGCCAGUCACACAAUGACCUGGUUUACCUGGAGUCUCCGGCCGCAGUGGAGCGGGCCAGCCGAACAGCCACGCUUAGCCGUAUGCUCAACCGCAAGAGUAAGAAUAAGAGCAAAGCCAAUGGCUCUACCUCCAUGGGGGAGCCACAUGCGUGACCCCACCCCCCGCACCUCAGUCCCUCCUACAACAACUACCGUCGCCACCUCCACCUCAAACUUGCACUGGUAAACUUCUUGGCUAACCUACUCCCUCUAAUGCCCAACUUGCAUACUGGGGCUCCUGCGUUGUGAAUGGGAAAGCUGUGCAGAUGGAAAAAUAUCCUCUUUUGCUGCCGUUUCCUGUUUCCUCUAAGAAGCAGAUAUUCCACUAAAAGCAGGUGUGUGCAUGUGUGGAUGAAGGUCUCCUGUCUUGGAUUAAUGGCAUUUCAGAGGAUAUUAUUUUGCAUGUUUCUUUUAUUUGAUUUUAUGCAACAAAUCUUUAAGUGCUUUUGUGGCCUUGUUACCGACAGAAGAGACUGGUGUGGGCCGUCACUCUUUACCUCACUGACACUGAGGGUAAAGAGUAAAUUCUCCCUGCUGUAAACCGUACGUUUCCUACGGUGGACCAACAGGACCAAAGAUGAAGAGAAGAGUGGUAUUUGUAUGAUUGCACAAUUUUAGUACCUUUUUAUUUAAAGUGCAAUGACAGGAGCUACUCCUGUGAUACAGAUUUGUGUUAAAAACAUUCACAAAAGGAGAUGAUAUUGUCACCACAUGACCGGUGCAAGUGAGAGUAAUACGACUACUUUUUGACACUAAUACUAUGAAAUAUGGUAUUUAUAUCAAUUCAUUUAAAAUCCCUGUACUUGUAUUCAAAAACAAAAAAACAAGCUCAGAAGAUUAGCUAUAUGUAAUGUGCAUAUAAAAACUGUUAAAAAAAAAAAAAAGCUAUCGGGGAAAGUGUCAGCCUUAUGUUUAAUAAAGAUAUAUUAGAACCAGUCAUUUAUGAUUGGCAUGAACAGAGGUUGUGUUAUCAUGCAACACCGGCCAUUAACAUGAGUUAACACCCUUCCAAAAAGACACAAAGCAAGCAGUGACACUGUGGCUAACAUGACACUUUAGCUAUAUGUGAGUGUUUUAUGUUUACUCCUCUCUGCAGUGUUUUCAAAUGAUAUGCAACUUUCUUCUUCGUCUUCCUAAAAGAUUCCUCCUGUACACUACUGUUAUCAGCAGGGUUGUUAAUGUGUCAAAAGGGAACUGAAUGAACUUUUCUCCAGGGACUGUGACGUUACACUCGGCCAUACUUGUCGCACUAAUGAAAUUUGUUCUAGGCUCAUUUCAAUCCUGCAUUCGCCCGAAUGAAAUCGGCAUUCUUUUAUUUGAUGUUUUAUUGUUUUUAAAGGAUGUAGUUUUGAACAAGAGAAACACAUGAACAAGAGAAAGUGUGAACACCUUUGGGAGCAACCAAAUAGUUUGGCUACUUUUUUUUUUUUUUUUAUCCAGCUAAUGAUUGUAUUUUCUUUUUGUAAGCAGCUUGUUGAAGCCAUUUAAUUUCAAUAAGUUAAUCUGCUCAGAGAAUUGGUGCGGCACAGUGACAGAAAGAACUAACAGUUUGCCUUACAGUUAUUCUGAGGAUGAUGUCACGGGUGGACUUGUUCCUCGACUUGACGUGACUUUUGGUUCCUGAGGACUUAAGGACUGUAGCGAACUGUUGGAAUCGCUCCGAGAGACAAGCGUACCACCAUGUUCUUGCACCAUCUGCAAUGUCUAUCUAUAAUCAAGAAGCCUAUGCACAUAACAUAUCUGUUAACUGAGUGUUUACAUUAUUAGACUAUCUGAGAAUUAAAAACACUCACUUGCUGUUCAUGACAACACUAUCCUGCAGAUCCAGUGUGGGUUGACGUGGCCGAGCUGUGAUCCCUUCUCAUCACCUGUUCUCUUCCGCCAUUACUGACCGCAGUCUGAUUCGGGCUGAAGAAAAUUCUGUUACCAUUCUCAAAGAAUCACCUUUAAACUCUGAGGAACAGAGGGGAAAAUGGGUUGUUCUAAUCAUGCUCAGCUUCAGAGCCCUUGCUUAUGGCAGCCUGCGAGCCUUGGCUACUGUUAUGCAUUCAGUAAGCAGUAGGGCUGUAUGUGAUUCAUAAACUGCUUCCUGAUGGGUUUUUUUAUUGGCAUCUGCACAGAAAGUGACUGACUUAGCUGUUGUUGCAGAAUGUCAGUCAUUUCCCUGCAGGGAUUGUAACUAAUAUACAUAUCGAGUUAUUUCAUUUUCAGCAAUAAAUAUUGAUUGAAUAACUGA